GGUGAACCUUGGAAAGAGGGCUGACAGACAUUAGAAGAGACAAGAAAGCUCCCGUUUUAUUUGCUACCUGGAGCCGGCAUUGAGGAAGUUAAAGACCAAUGGAAGCUGCUGAGACAGAAACAUCUAGGACCCCAACUCAUUUCUGUAAUAUGAGCUAAUUCCUGAAUAAGCCAGAAAUUAAACUAUUACUAUUACUCGACCCAGUUUCAGCGGUACAGAUGCCUUUGGAUACACUUCAUUUCUGGCCUAUUCACGGAUCCCAGACAUCAGCUCUUAUUAUGAAUUCCGCUUGAAAUUUCAGCUGGCGGCCAACAUCUCAGCCCUUCAAAAUAAUUUGAUAUUUUUCACUGGACAGAAGGGCCGAGGUCUGGAUGGAGAUGACUUCCUAGUAUUAGGCUUGAGCCAUGGCAGAGUGGUGUACAGUUACAACCUGGGCUCUGGCACAGCUAGUAUCAAGAGCGAACCACUAGAUCUGACACUUGGACUCCAUGUCAUCCAUCUCGGAAGGUCUCUCAGAAUGGGUUGGCUAAAGGUGGAUAAUCAGAAGAAUAAAUCCAUCACCUCCCCAGGGAGGCUAGUAGGACUCAAUGUUUUCAGUCAGUUUUAUGUGGGAGGCUACAGUGAAUACACACCGGAACUCCUACCAAAUGGAUCAGAUUUUAAAAAUGGUUUUCAAGGGUGUAUUUUUGAUGUGCAAGUUCAUACAGAGAAGAAUUACCAUUUCAGAGCCCUUGGGACUCCUGAAGGCCACCCCAAUUUUGGACGCAGUAUCGGUCAAUGUGAAGUUUCUCCUUGCAUCUUAGUAAAGUGCAAGAAUGGAGGAACGUGCAUAGACCAGGGAUCUACUGUUUACUGUGACUGUGUUUUGGGUUGGAAAGGAAUGUUUUGCACAGAGACGGUUUCCAUUUGUGACCAAGAACAUGACCCGCCACACCAAUGCAGACCAGGUGCCACCUGUGUUCCCCUCACUAUUGGCUACACUUGCCACUGCCCACUGGGAACCACUGGAAUCCACUGCGAAGGAGCCUUAUCUAUAAGUGACCCAUCAUUCAGAAGGAAUGAAUCAUCUUGGAUGUCAUUUGCUCCCUUUCAUAUUCGACACAAGACUCAUAUUCAGUUACAAUUUCAGCCUCUUUCUGCAGAUGGCAUCUUAUUUUACACUGCGCAGCACCUCAGCACUCACUCAGGUGAUUUCCUUUGUUUGUCAUUAGCCAAUGGCUAUGUUCAACUGCGCUACAACCUUGGUGACAGAACUGUUAUUUUACAGAGCUUCCAAAAAGUAGAUACCAGUGGGGAUGCUUGGCAUUUGAUUAAAGCAGGAAGACAUGGUACUGAGGGAUACUUAACUUUGGAUGGAACCAAUGUAACCCAAAAAGCCACCGGCAGAAUGACUGUCUUGGACACUAACACAGAUUUCUAUGUCGGAGGCGUGUCAUCCCUUGAUUCGGUCAACUCCAUGGCAGUAGAGAAUGACCCUGUUGGUUUUGAUGGAUGUGUCUGGGAAAUUUUUAUAAACAACAGGGAACUAAAAUUAACGGAUAAAGGUGCUAAAGAUGGUUUGAAUAUAGGUGACUGUGAUGGGACUGCAUGUGGGUAUACGGUGUGCAAAAAUAAGGGUGAAUGCAUUUUGCACCAUACGAAUUUUUCUUGUAAAUGUACACCAGGCUGGGCAGGAAAUACUUGCGAACAGUCCAUGAACUGUCUUAAUAACAAGUGUCAGCACCAGUCUCUUUGUAUUCCUGAUAACACUUUUUCAUAUAGUUGUGCCUGUCCGUUAGGUUGGGUAGGUGGAUACUGUGAAACUGAAAUCCUAUUUUUGAUUGCAAAAUUUCAAGGUAAUUCUUAUAUCAAGCACACUGAUCCAAAUUAUGGAAAAAGAAAUCUUCAUUUCACUACUGUAUCCUUAAAUUUUAGCACCACCGAAACAGAGGGCUUAAUUUUGUGGAUGGGCAAAGCAGAACAUGAAGAUAAUGACUUUCUGGCAAUUGGCCUCUCUAAUGGAAUUUUGAAGGUUGUAGUUAAUUUGGGAAAUGGACUCUCUGUCCCCUUAAUCCAUAGGUGUGACCUCUCUUUUGGCAGCACAUGGCACUACAUAACAGUGGCCCAAAACCAGACUAUUUUCAAAGUCUACCUCGACAGUGAUCUAAUUCUUUUUGAAGAUAUUGAUCCACAAAGAAAGCACAUCGCUCUCAACUAUGGAGGUGUUAGUUAUUUAGGUGGUUUUGAACUUGGACACAACGUGAGCAUAGUUACUCAAGGACUUUAUAGCCAACAUUUUGUUGGUAAAAUUAAAGAUGUUGUGUUUUUUCAAGAGUCCACAAAGAUUCAGUUAAUUGAAUUAGAAGGAUACAAUGUUUAUAGUGGAGAUGAGUAAUUAGCUUGGGUGAUUCAGUUUAGUUUUUAAUUUUCUAAGAAGACUACAGCCAUUUAAGUCACUAUCACUGGUUUACCUAGAUCUUUUAAUGUUAAGAAUUUACUCCAUUCUAAUAAAAUAGUCCCAGCACAGGGAAUGUGGACUCUUUCAGACCAGUAGGGGCUAUUUAGUGCAUAGUUCAGUGUGUACACACAGCCCACUCAGUGGUCCCUUAGAGGUCUGAAAUCAUCAAUGCCCUUUACCACCGACUAAUCUCGGGCACUUGGGACAAAUGGAUUAUAUUGGCCCAAAGUAAUAGAUGAUUAAUAACAGACCCUCCUGAAAGCCACCACACCUUUCUUUAAUCUAACACAAUUGUUCAGAAAACCUGUGGGCCUGAGUUAAAAAAAAAGUUUCAUUUUCUCUAUCGCUGCUAAAUUCUUUAAUUAUUAUCCCUUGAAUUUUAGUCACUUUGACUAGUUUCGAGUGUUUCAGCUGUGUGGUUAAGUGAUGUUUUAAGUUUUGUAGAACCCUAGUAAUGUCAAAUCCUAUGAUUGUUAAAAGGAGGUAUCAAAAGAGAAGCAAUUGUAAGAAUCGUAAUUCAAUAUUUUUUCCAGAUGUGUGCAAUAAAAAUUGAAAAAAGCAAGAUCUGAAUGGCUCAGUAUUAAAAAUUGAUCAUUGAAAGGCCAAAUCUCGAUCUUAAAAAAUGCCUGCUUCACAUAAAAGUAGAUUUAAAUAAAAUAAAACCUGUUUACUAGAUA